CCGCGGAGCUAGCAGGAGGGGCUCUGCCAGCUUCUGUCGCCGCGUCGCUUCGGAGCUUGGACGGCGAGUUCCCGUUGCUUCCGUUGCCGGGGGGCAGCCAGGGGGCACGGGGACGAGUGGGGAGUCGCGUGGCGGCGUGACUAUGGGACUGCGCAGGGGCUGGUGACAGCAGGGAGCCGAGCGGCCCAGGCCCUGAGCGCGUCUCCUCCGGGGGGCCUCGCCCUCCUGCUCGCGGGGUCGGGGCUCCUGCUGCCGUUGCUGGCGCUGCUGUUGGCGGCGGCCAGGAUCAUGUCGGGCCGCCGCUGCGCCGGCGGGGGCGCGGCUUGCGCGGGCGCAGCGGUGGAUGCAUUGGAGCCGGCAGCCCGCGAGCUGUUCGAGGCUUGCCGCAACGGGGACGUGGAGCGAGUCAAGAGGCUAGUGACGCCGGAGAAGGUGAACAGCCGCGACACAGCGGGCAGGAAGUCCACCCCGCUCCACUUCGCCGCAGGUUUUGGGCGCAAAGAUGUAGUUGAAUAUUUGCUUCAGAAUGGCGCUAAUGUCCAAGCCCGUGAUGAUGGGGGACUUAUUCCUCUUCAUAAUGCAUGCUCUUUUGGUCAUGCUGAAGUUGUCAAUCUCCUUUUGCGACAUGGUGCAGACCCAAAUGCUCGCGAUAAUUGGAAUUACACUCCUCUCCAUGAAGCUGCAAUUAAAGGAAAGAUUGAUGUUUGCAUUGUACUCUUACAGCAUGGAGCUGAGCCAACCAUCCGAAAUACAGAUGGAAGAACAGCAUUGGAUUUAGCAGACCCGUCUGCCAAAGCAGUGCUGGCAGGUGAAUAUAAAAAAGAUGAACUCUUGGAAAGUGCCAGGAGUGGCAACGAGGAAAAAAUGAUGGCUUUACUUACACCGUUAAAUGUCAAUUGCCAUGCAAGUGAUGGCAGAAAGUCAACUCCAUUGCAUUUGGCGGCAGGAUACAACAGAGUAAAGAUUGUACAGCUGUUACUGCAACAUGGAGCUGAUGUUCAUGCUAAAGACAAAGGUGAUCUGGUGCCGUUACACAAUGCCUGUUCUUAUGGUCAUUAUGAAGUAACUGAACUUCUGGUCAAGCAUGGUGCCUGUGUAAAUGCAAUGGACUUGUGGCAAUUCACUCCUCUCCAUGAGGCAGCUUCCAAGAACAGGGUUGAAGUGUGCUCUCUUCUCUUAAGUUAUGGUGCAGAUCCAACACUGCUGAAUUGUCACAAUAAAAGUGCUAUAGAUUUGGCUCCAACACCACAGUUAAAAGAAAGAUUAGCAUAUGAAUUUAAAGGCCACUCAUUGCUGCAAGCUGCACGAGAAGCUGAUGUUACACGAAUUAAAAAGCAUCUCUCUCUGGAAAUGGUGAAUUUCAAGCAUCCUCAAACGCAUGAAACAGCAUUGCAUUGUGCUGCUGCAUCUCCAUAUCCCAAAAGAAAGCAGAUUUGUGAAUUGUUGCUAAGAAAAGGAGCAAACAUCAAUGAAAAGACUAAAGAAUUCUUGACUCCUCUACACGUGGCAUCUGAGAAAGCGCAUAAUGAUGUUGUCGAAGUAGUGGUGAAACAUGAAGCAAAGGUUAAUGCCCUGGACAAUCUUGGCCAGACUUCUCUGCACAGAGCUGCACAUUGUGGUCAUCUGCAGACCUGCCGCCUACUUCUGAGCUAUGGAUGUGAUCCUAACAUUAUCUCUCUUCAGGGCUUUACUGCCUUACAGAUGGGAAAUGAAAAUGUACAGCAACUUCUUCAAGAUCCUUUAUAUAGAAGGCAUGUAGAGUUUAUGCAAGAGGGCAUCCCAUUAGGUAAUUCAGAGGCAGACAGACAGUUGCUGGAAGCUGCAAAGGCUGGAGAUGUAGAAACUGUGAAAAAAUUGUGCACUGUUCAGAGUGUCAACUGCAGAGACAUUGAAGGGCGUCAGUCUACACCACUUCAUUUUGCAGCUGGGUAUAAUAGGGUAUCUGUGGUGGAAUUUCUCUUGCAACAUGGAGCUGAUGUGCAUGCUAAAGAUAAAGGAGGCCUUGUACCUUUGCACAACGCGUGUUCUUAUGGACAUUACGAAGUUGCAGAACUUCUUGUUAAGCACGGAGCAGUAGUUAAUGUAGCUGAUUUAUGGAAAUUUACACCUUUACAUGAAGCUGCAGCAAAAGGAAAAUACGAAAUUUGCAAACUUCUGCUCCAGCACGGUGCAGACCCUACAAAGAAAAACAGAGAUGGAAAUACUCCUUUGGAUCUUGUUAAAGAUGGAGAUACAGAUAUCCAAGAUCUACUUCGGGGAGAUGCAGCUUUGCUAGAUGCUGCCAAAAAGGGUUGUUUAGCCAGAGUAAAGAAGUUGUCUUCACCUGAUAACGUAAAUUGCCGUGAUACCCAAGGCCGACAUUCAACACCAUUACAUUUAGCAGCUGGUUACAACAAUUUAGAAGUUGCAGAGUUUUUGUUACAACAUGGAGCUGAUGUGAAUGCCCAAGACAAAGGAGGACUAAUUCCUUUACAUAAUGCAGCAUCUUAUGGGCAUGUAGAUGUAGCAGCUUUACUAAUAAAGUAUAAUGCAUGUGUCAAUGCCACGGACAAAUGGGCUUUCACACCUUUGCACGAAGCAGCCCAAAAGGGACGAACACAGCUUUGUGCUUUAUUGUUGGCCCACGGAGCUGAUCCUACUCUUAAAAAUCAGGAAGGACAAACACCUUUAGAUUUAGUUUCAGCAGAUGAUGUCAGUGCCCUCCUGACAGCAGCCAUGCCCCCUUCUGCUCUGCCUUCAUGUUACAAACCACAAGUGCUCAGUGGUGUGAGAAGCCCGGGAGCCACCACAGAUUCUCUGUCUUCAGGCCCAUCCAGCCCAUCAAGCCUUUCUGCAGCCAGCAGUCUUGACAACUUAUCUGGGAGUUUUUCUGAACUGUCUUCAGUAGUUAGUUCAAGUGGAACAGAGAGUACUUCCAGUUUGGAGAAAAAGGAGGUUCCAGGAGUAGAUUUUAGCAUAACUCAAUUUGUAAGGAAUCUUGGACUUGAGCACCUGAUGGAUAUAUUUGAGAGAGAACAGAUCACCUUGGAUGUAUUAGUUGAGAUGGGGCACAAGGAGCUGAAGGAGAUUGGAAUCAAUGCCUAUGGACAUAGACACAAACUUAUUAAAGGAGUUGAGAGGCUUAUCUCUGGACAACAAGGUCUUAACCCAUACUUAACUCUGAACACCUCUGGUAGUGGAACAAUUCUCAUAGAUCUAUCUCCUGAUGAUAAAGAGUUUCAGUCUGUGGAGGAAGAGAUGCAAAGUACAGUCCGAGAGCACAGAGAUGGAGGCCAUGCAGGUGGAAUCUUCAGCAGAUACAAUAUUCUCAAGAUUCAGAAGGUUUGUAACAAGAAACUAUGGGAAAGAUACACUCACAGAAGAAAAGAGGUUUCUGAAGAAAACCACAACCAUGCAAAUGAAAGAAUGCUAUUUCAUGGAUCUCCCUUUGUGAAUGCAAUCAUUCAUAAAGGCUUUGAUGAAAGACAUGCUUACAUAGGUGGAAUGUUUGGAGCUGGGAUUUAUUUUGCUGAAAACUCUUCCAAAAGCAAUCAGUAUGUAUAUGGAAUUGGAGGAGGUACUGGGUGUCCAGUUCACAAAGACAGAUCUUGUUAUGUUUGCCACAGGCAGCUGCUCUUUUGCCGGGUGACCUUGGGAAAGUCUUUCCUGCAGUUUAGCGCAAUGAAAAUGGCACAUUCUCCUCCAGGUCAUCACUCGGUCACUGGUCGGCCCAGUGUAAAUGGCCUGGCAUUAGCUGAAUAUGUUAUUUACAGAGGAGAACAGGCUUAUCCUGAAUAUUUAAUUACAUACCAGAUUAUGAGGCCUGAAGGUAUGGUUGAUGGAUAAAUGAAGAGUUAGUUGUUUUAGGAAACUAACUCCACUGAACCUAAAAUCAUCUAAGCUGGUGGUCUUUUAAGUUUUAUUCCUUGGCUGAAAAAAAUCAUCUUGUCCGCAGGCCUGCGGCAAAAGGAUAAAAAAUGUGAAAGAAAUUUAGCAUUCUGACUUGAUAAAGCUUUAAUAAUGUACAGUGUUUUCUAAAUAUUUCCUGUUUUUCAGCACUUUAACAGAUGCCAUUCCAGGUUAAACUGGGUUUGUCUGUACUAAAUUAUAAACAGAGUUAACUUGAACCUUUUAUACAUCAUGCAUUGAUUCUAACAGAAACUGUAAUGCUCUCAGUAGAACUCGUUUUACUAAUACAAUACUGUGUUCUUUAAAACACAGCAUUUACACUGAAUACAGUUUCACUUGUAAAACUGUAAAUAAGAGCUUUUGUACUAGCCCAAUAUUUAUUUACAUUGCUUUGUAAUAUAAACCUACUGUUUUAGAACUGCAGCCAUUUACAAAACUUUUUCAUAUGUAUUGCUUAUCUGGACUUCAUCUUGCAUCAUCAUGAUUGAGUGAUUGUUAUAUUUGAUUCCAGAGGCGAUGUUGAGUUGUUAGCAGAAACCUAGUUGGGAAAGACUGAUUUAUCAAAUACAUCUUUGCUGAUGGAAGCAUUUAUCUCUCAUUAGAAAUCUCUCCCGUUUAAGAACUUGUUUCAUGAAUACUCUGAUUUAAUUUGUGGUAUCUUUUUAUGUAUAAGACACACAUUCCAAAAAAAAACUCACUUUGAUAAGUCCUGAUUGCCAAGAGCCUCUUAACUGACCUCAAACUCUGGGUUUAGUGUGGGAAAAUUUUCUACUGUCAUUCUGUGAAAAUUAGAGCAAGUGCUCUUAUUUUUUAGAGAGGCUACAUCCUGUCAUUGUACAAUUAUGGUGUUUUUUUCAUGGAAUAUAAAUAGGAAGUUAAGUUUCAGAGGUGGGAAGGGUGAUCUUGGUAAUUUCCCAAUCUGUUCUAUUUACCUUAAGUCUAAAGGAAAAAGGAAAAAAAACACAUAGCUAAUGGGAGUGGGUAGUUCUUUGCCCUAGAAUGCUUCCUGUUCUUUUUCUUGGCCUUAUUGUUACACUUAGACCACCAGUCCAUACAUCACGGAUAAACUCAGUCCAGAACCAUAAGAUGUAGACGUCCCAGUUCUCUCCUGGCCUCCCGAAUGUGCAGUGAGGCUGGUGCUUCCUGCUCCUGUGCGGCCCCACCCACCCGCGCUUAGUUGGAGCUCUGCUUUCAGUUGGUGCACCACAUGGUGACCAGGCUUGGGUUGAAAUGGCAGCUAUGGAGGGGAGUGCUGUCCCCAUAAAAUGCCAUUCCUGACUAUUUCUAGAGUAAAACUUUUUUUUUCCCCAGGAAGUGUGCUAAAGUAUUUUGAAACAGAGCCAUGCAUUACGGGUUGGCAGUCUUUUUUAUUUGUUGACCCUAGCUCCUGCAGAAGUCAAGGAACGAUUUUUACCUAUGAAAGUUUGUGUAAAUGAGGACGUUGCCCUUCACUCUCUGUACUGGCUCACCUUUGUUUUGCAUUUUAUGCAGUCUCUAAAUUUACUUAGCCUUUGUGGUAACUUGUACAUAGAGUGCUAGAAAAUCAUGUUUCUUGCCCUAAGUAAGAAUUAAUCAAGUAAAUGCGUAUCUGGAGUUGUUUCUAUGAUAUAGAUUGUGAUUGUUAUUUAAGAAGUCAAAUCCUGACCUUGAAAUGCUUUUAUACAUUUCUCCAAUAAUUGCAAAUAUGAUUCUAAAGUCAUUUCUUGGAACACGAAUGGAGUAUGCCAAAUUUUAUAUAAUUUUUCAGAUUUUAUAGUUAAUAGAUAAUGAGAUGAGUUCAUGGAGUUUAUACUUACAUAUCUUACCUCUCAACGUUUAGCCCAUAUUACUUACCCUAUGAGUGAUUCUGGAAUUGCUUGUCAUGUAGAAUCAUCGUGGUCUAUGCGUUUACAGUAUUGCUGUUUGUGUUGUUUCAUCUAAUCCAUUGCUUAAUUAGUGUGUUCUUUUUCCAUGAAUGAUUAUAUUGUGGUUAAUAUGUUAGCAUGGCAAUAUUUUCAGAUAGCUUUUUCUGUUUGUUGGGGUUUUGGGGUUCAUGGGUUUUUUUUUGUUUUUUUUUGUUUUUUUUUUAGUACUUCGCAUGAAUCUUACUUUGUAAUGAUGGAAUUUUUUUUGUCCUUUUUUUUUUUUGGAAGUGAAACUUAACUUUUUGUGUGAUUAGUAAUACUAUGCACAUCUUGAGUGUCUUUCUUGUACUGUAUCACAUUCCAUACCCUCAUUUAAUUCUUAAUAAACUGUUCACUUGUUUUUCUGGGUAAUAUAGUAAUUACUGGAAUAGUAUAAAUGUGUUGAAUGGUUUUUGAGAAAAUGGAUUGAGAUAACAAUAAAGCACAACUGCAGGAAAACAGUGUAGUUCUGAAUUUAAUAAUGAUGAAGUGUGCGGUUUAAAAUUUGAAAUAUUGAAUGUUGCAACCAUACCUGCUCAGAUGCUUUAAGAUAAAAGUAGCUGUAAGACAUUUAUACAUUUAGUCCAUCCCAUACAACUCCGCCCCCCACCCCCCCAGCACCACUUUUGGUAAACCUUAAAGCUCAUUCCUGGGAAAUCAGUCUUCUUCAUUUAUAAAGAGAAAUAUAUUUUUGUUUUCUGUUAUAUUUAAAAAAUUAUUGAUAAGGUCUUGAA